AUGUGACCCAGUAUUAGCACUGCCCCCUUUUUGCUGACUGGCUUUCCAGGUCUGGAGGCUGCUCAUCACUGGAUCUCCAUCCCCUUCUUUGCAGUCUACGUCUCUGUGCUUCUUGACAAUGGCACACUCCUCUACCUCAUCAAGGAUGACCACAGCCUCCAUGAGCCCAUGUACUAUUUCCUUGCCAUGCUGGCAGGCAUAGAUCUGAUGGUGACAUUGACAACAAUGCCUACUGUAAUGGGGGUCUUAUGGAUGAGUCACCGGGAGAUGAGCCACGGAGCCUGCUUCCUGCAGGCUUAUAUUAUUCACUCCCUUUCCAUCGUGGAAUCAGGUGUCUUGCUUGUCAUGGCCUAUGACCGAUUCAUCACCAUCUGCACCCGUCUGAGGUAUAACUCCAUUCUUACCAAUUCCUGGGUAAUGAAGGCAGGAUUGGGGGUUCGAAUGAGGGGCUUUUUAUCCCUUGUGCCUCCAAUCGUGCAAACCAAAUAUUUCUGGUUCCCAUACUGCCGUUCCCAUGUUCUUUCCCAUGCCUUUUGCCUCCACCAAGAUGUCAUGAAACUCGCCUGUGCUGAUAUUACAUUUAAUCGUGUGUACCCAGUGAUUCUUGCUGCUUUGACUUUCUUCCUAGAUGCUUUGAUUAUCCUCUUCUCUUAUAUUUUAAUCCUGAAGACAGUUAUGGGCAUCGCCUCUGGAGAGGAGCAAGCUAAGGCCCUUAACACCCGUGUCUCCCAUAUUAGCUGUGUUCUGGUGUUUUAUAUUACUGUGAUUGGCCUGACUUCCAUCCACAGGUUUGGGAAGCAUGCACCACAUGUGGUCCACAUGACCAUGAGCUAUGUCUACUUUCUGUUUCCUCCAUUAAUGAACCCCAUUAUAAAUAGUUUCAAGACCAAGCAAAUUCAGAGAAGCAUCAUUUGCCUAUUUUCUGCGCACAGUAGGGCUUGA